AUGGAGGGGUUUUUGCUCGCCCAUGGCUACCACCUCGGCAGGACCAUUGGGGAGGGGAUGUACUCCAAAGUGAAGGAGGCGUUUUCCCAAAAGCACCACAAGAAAGUGGCCAUUAAAAUAAUUGAUAAGAAGGAAGGGCAGGAAGAGUUUAUCCAGAGAUUCCUGCCCCGGGAGCUGCAGAUCAUCACCCGCCUGCAGCACAGGAACAUCAUCCAUGUGCACGAGGUGCUGGAGUGGGAAGGAGGGAAGCUGUGCAUGGUGAUGGAGCUGGCGGAGGACGGGGACCUCUUUGACCUCCUGGUGCAGGAGGGUCCCCUGCCCGAGCCCCGCGCCAGGGCCCUGUUCCGGCAGCUGGCGGAGGCCGUCCGGUACUGCCACGAGCGCGGCGUGGCUCACCGGGACCUCAAGUGCGAGAACGCGCUGCUGCAGGGCAGCACAUUGAAGCUCACCGACUUCGGCUUCGCCAAACUGCUGCCGCGGGAGCGCCGGGAGCUGAGCUGGACCUUCUGCGGCAGCACAGCCUACGCGGCACCGGAGCUGCUGCAGGGGCUGCCGCACGACAGCCGCAAGGGUGAUGUGUGGAGUGCGGGGGUUGUGCUGUACGCCCUGCUCUGUGCCCGUCUGCCCUUCGAUGACACCGACAUCCCCCGCAUGCUGCACCGGCAGCAGAGGGGCAUCUCGGUGCCCGCGCAUCUCGGCAUCUCCAAGGAGGCACAGAACCUCCUGAGGAUGCUCCUGGAGCCGGACGUGAUGCUGAGACCCUCCAUUGAGGUGGUCUGCAGGCACCCCUGGCUGACCAACCCCUGA